UUAACUUCUUACGAAAAUAAUUGAACUCCUCCAGUUUUUCUUUAUUCUGAAGUCAAACCUCUAUCAUUUCCUCCUCCUAUCCUUGUUCCAUUUGUCUGAGAAUAAUCACCGGAAAACUUAAUCAUCUCCAGCAUGAACUUGUCAUUUUGAUCCAAACAUGUUUGAAAAAUUAUCGGCUUAAUUCGAUGACUUUGAUCGUCUUGCGAAUGGUUGAGUUCUUGGUUUUCACAAGGGUUAGCCGGUCAUUUGGUGCAAGUUUCAGAAUUUAGUUGGUUGGCUUGAUAUUAUGAUUUUGAUUACCCGACAUGGGGCGUCUUCCAUUUAAGAUGAGAUGAUGAUGGAAGGGUUGAUUUGCUGGGUUUUAACAAGUUUUAUGUUUUUAAUCUUUUGUUUCUUCAAUCUUUUUCAAUCAACUAAUGCACAAGAGUUUUUGAACAUAGCGUGCUGUGCUGAAUCGAGUUUUACAGAUAAAAGUCUAUCUUGGAUACCUGAUGAUCAAUGGUUUACAGACAGAAAAAGUUGCAGGAACUUGCAUCAGGGCAACGAAAGAGCUCGGGCUUUCGAGAUCGAAUCGGGGAAGAGAUGUUAUAGCUUAACUACAGUUAAAGAUCAAGACUAUUUGGUAAGGGGUUCGUUCCCUGUUGGAGCUGAGUUUAAUUCCUCGUUUACGGUUUCAAUCGGAACCACGCCAUUAGGCGUUGUGGACUCCUUGUCAUCGGAGGCCUCGGUGGCCGAGGGGAUUUUCCGAGCGCCGAAUAUCUAUACCGACUUCUGCUUACUGCAUGGAAAAGGGGAUCCCUACAUAUCGAGUCUUGAACUAAGGCCUUUGAAUGAUACAAAGUAUCUAAAGGAUAAAUCAUCCAAAAUUCUGAAACUGGUUAAUAGAACCGAUCUAGGGGGCAUUGGAGAGACCAGGUACCCAGACGACAGAUAUGACAGAAUCUGGAAACCAGCAUGGGGCCUUUACCUUCAAGCCAACUCGACUGUAACCAUUCACAACAAUGCGAAUACAACGGUGCCACUCGAUGUUCUUCGAACCGCUGUCAUGGAUUCAACACGAUUGGAGUUCCUUCAAAAUGGCCUUGAUAAUGGGGACUAUAACUACACUGUGAUCCUCUUCUUUCUUGAGCUGAACGACACUGUUGGAAUUGGUCAAAGGGUGUUCGAUAUUUACAUCAACGAUGAGAAGAAAGAGGAGAAUUUCGAUAUAUCGGCAAUGGGAUCCAACUAUAGAGAGGUUAUUUACAACGUGACAGCCAAAGGGUCUCUGAAUUUGACCUUGGUUAAGGGAUCAAAUGAAUCUCAACUUGGACCCAUUUGCAAUGCCUUUGAGAUCUUGCAGGUGCUCCCAAGGGAUGUAGAGACAGACGUCGAUGAUGUGAUUGAGAUAAAGAAGGUAAAAGAGGAUUUGUUAAUUCUUAACCAAGGGAAUAGCUUACUGGAAACUUGGUCAGGAGAUCCAUGUCUUCCCGAUCCCUGGCACGGUUUGGCCUGCAACUCCAAUGGUUCCACAGUCAUCACGGAUCUGGAUCUUUCUUCAAAUAAAUUUAAAGGGGCAAUGCCUCCAAGUAUCACAAAGCUAACCUACCUGAAAACAUUGAAUCUGAGCAACAAUGACUUCAGCGGGGAGAUUCCAUCAUUCCCAUCAUCAUCAAAUCUGACAUCUGUGGAUAUAAGCAACAAUGAACUUGAAGGAUCUCUACCACAGUCUCUUAUCUCACUUCCACACUUGCGUGCAUUAUACUAUGGGUGCAAUCCUCAACUUGACAGUGAGCUUCCAUCUACCUUGAACAGCUCAAAGUUAACCACUGACUCAGGAGCAUGUUCCAGAAAGUCAAGGGGUCCAAUAAGAGGAAUUGUGAUCGGUGCAGCUGCAUGUGGAUCUGCUGUAAUUACUGUGGCUCUCGGAGCCAUUGUUGUUUGCCUUUACAGACAAAAACUAAUGGCUAAGAGAAAAUACAAUGGUACAGGACUCUCCUUGGCAAAGAAUUUGGUGUUCUCCAUUCCUAGCACAGAUGAAGUUUUUGUUAGGCCAAUAUCUAUACAGACAUAUACCUUAGAGUACAUUGAGAUUGCUACCCAAAACUACAAAACAUUGAUCGGAGAAGGCGGCUUCGGAUCGGUGUAUCGAGGUACUCUACCUGACGGCCAGGAAGUUGCUGUGAAGGUACGAUCAGCCACCUCAAGUCAAGGAACUCGAGAAUUCGAGAACGAGCUAAACCUUCUUUCGGCUAUUCGGCAUGAGAACCUGGUUCCUCUUCUUGGUUACUGCUGGGAAAACGAUCAACAAAUCCUUGUUUAUCCUUUCAUGUCCAAUGGCUCUUUGCAAGAUCGUCUCUAUGGGGAGGCAGCGAAACGGAAAAUUUUGGACUGGCCAACCAGGCUUUCCAUUGCUCUUGGUGCUGCUCGAGGUUUGAUGUAUCUUCAUACCUAUGGCGGCCGGAGUGUUAUACAUAGAGAUGUAAAAUCAAGCAACAUACUUUUGGACAAUAGCAUGUGUGCUAAAGUAGCAGACUUUGGUUUUUCAAAAUAUGCUCCUCAAGAAGGUGACAGUAAUGCUUCCCUUGAAGUGAGAGGCACUGCAGGAUACAUGGAUCCCGAGUAUUACUCGACCCAGCAACUAUCUGCAAAAAGUGAUGUAUUCAGCUUUGGUGUGGUUUUACUUGAAAUUAUAAGUGGAAGGGAGCCUCUAAACAUACAAAGACCUCGAAACGAAUGGAGUUUGAUCGAAUGGGCAAAACCUUUCAUAAGGGAGUCAAAGAUCGAUGAAAUAGUUGACCCUAACAUAAAGGGAGGGUACCAUGCUGAGGCAAUGUGGAGAGUAGUCGAGGCAGCGUUGGCAUGUAUUGAGCCCUUUUCCGCUUAUCGACCUGGCAUGGAUGACAUUGUUCGAGAACUGGAGGAUGCUUUGAUCAUAGAGAACAAUGCAUCCGAAUACAUGAAGUCCAUCGACAGCAUAUAUAGCUUGGGAGGGUCCAAUCGCUUCUCGAUUGUUAUGGAGAAAAAGAUAGUACUACCGCCUCCAUCAACUGCUUCGGAACCUUCGCCUGUUAAUCCACAACCAUUGGCUCAUCCUGAGCCACGAUAGUAGUUAGGUGGAAGAGAUGUUCAUUGAUUAGCAGGAAAAACUAUUCCCUGCUUCUUCAAUGAAAAACCAAACACGUUGAUUUAUUCCAUCUUAUUUAUAGGUUUGCAGAACUUUAAUGUUGUGUUGCGGCAAUAUAGUUAGGCCAAAGAUGCAAACACCAUAAUUCAAGGAGUUUUGAUGAUUUCAGCUAUAUAUGUCUCAAAUCUCCAUUAUAUAUAUCAUAAUAAAAGCUACACCAAAACAUUUCACUUAA